AUGUCAGGUCUAGACCAUAUACAGAAUCUCACUAUAAACCAACAACAACAGCAACAACAAGCACAACAAUACCCCAAGAGAAGGUCAGCGAAAGAUUACCAAUUUGGGAAAAGAAUAGGAGAAGGUUCAUAUUCAACAGUAUAUUCAGCACUAGACAAAAUCACCAAUAGAACGUAUGCUAUUAAAGUGUUAUCUAAACGUCAUAUUGUUAAAGAAAAGAAGAUUAAAUAUGUCAAUAUUGAAAAACAGACAUUACAUAGAUUAGGAUUACAACAUCCUGGAAUAGUUCAAUUGUAUUUCACGUUUCAAGAUGAAUCUAGUUUAUUUUUUGUAUUAGAUUUUGCAGAAUAUGGAGAAUUAUUAUCAAUUAUACGAAAAUUUGGUUCCUUAUCUGAACCAGUAUCAAAAUUUUAUUCUUGUCAGAUUAUUGAUGCGGUGAAGUUUAUUCAUCUGAAGGGAGUGAUUCAUCGAGACUUAAAACCUGAGAAUAUAUUAGUGGGACAUGAUUUUAAUCUUAAAAUUACAGAUUUUGGUGCGGCGAAAUUGUUAGGAAGUAAUGAGGAUAGUAAUGAAGAGAAAAUUGAAUAUAAUUCAGUUGAGGAUGAGAAUAAUCCUCCGACGCAGGAUGGGAAUAGCACCAAUACCGACAAGAGAAAGGGGUCCUUCGUGGGGACAGCGGAAUAUGUUCCACCGGAAUUAUUAAAAUUUAAUGAAAGUGGAUUUGAAUCUGAUAUUUGGGCAUUAGGAUGUAUAAUAUAUCAAUUUUUCAAUGGUGUACCGCCAUUCAAAGGUACCACUGAGUAUCUUACAUUUGAAAAAAUUAUUAAUGGAGAAUAUAGUUAUAAAGUACAAAUGCCACCAGAUGUUCCUCAAUUAAUUGAUCAAAUACUUGUGAGUGAACCAAGUAAGAGAUUAACAAUUUUGCAAAUAAUGCAAUCUAGAUGGUUUCAUGAUAUACCCUGGGAUGAUCAGAAUUAUAUAUGGCAUAGGAAAGUCCCAAGAUUUGAAGGAUAUACCUCACCGCAGUUAAAUUCGUCCUUAUUACAACCACCCACUAUAAAGAAUGGAAGCGACAGAACAUCAAAUAAGACCAAUUCAUUUCAUCAAUUACAAUCACAGAUUCAAAGUGCCGAAAUUGCAUUCGUGCCAACUGUGGGAAGAAAGAGAUAUAAUACACCAACUACUUUGAAGAAGACUAAUCUGCCUUUUAAUAAUUCAUUCCAGGUUUCGCCACCACGCAUGCAACAACAACAACCUCAACAACAACAGAUUGUAAUGAAUAAUGCGCCACCACCACCACAGUCACAACAAAUACAGGCACCUUCUCAGAUAAGACACCAGACACCGUUGCCGUUACAAUUAUCGAAUCCAGUUAGCAACCAAGCACCAGCAACGUACCCAGCACAUCCUCGUUCACCAACAGAGGAAAGACCACGUAUGAAUCAGGAACCUCCAAGAAAUGCAUUCACCAAACCAUUUCCACAAUCUCCACAACAGCAACAGCAGCAACAGCAACAGCAGCAACAGCAACAGCUACAACAGCAGACACAACAACCGCGUACUCCAACUAUACCACAUCACCCAUUUCUGGCACUCGCCACCCCUGCAUCACCACAACAACUUCAACCAACAUCAACCCAACAACAGGCGUAUCACCCCGCAUCAUCACCUCAGAAGUAUUUACAACCUCCACACAUGACUCAAACUCGGUCGGCUGAUAUGGUCGAGAAAUCUUCAUCUUCAUCACCCAAAUUAUCCCCUGCCGUAGCAGCUGCAGCAUAUGCCGGCACAAUAUGCAAACCACCAGCACCAACACCACCAUCAAUUCCAGCACCAAUUCACAAUAAACCGAUCCCCAAGAAGAUGCAUCGAACUCUGACGAUUGUGAAAUUGUCAGAUAUUUCCAAUUUAUUACAUCCAAACGAAAAAAUCCUCAAAUUGGAUAAAGUAUACAAACUGAUAUUAUCAAAUAGUCUUAUAAAGCGUCAUCCUGGGGUUUCAUUAGAGGAUGAUUCUGGACUUGAUUUCAUAAUUGAUAAAUAUCUGGAACGACUAGAGAGAUCGUUUGAGGUUGUGAUUGCGGUUGUGACUGAUAUGGCGAGGGUAUUCUUUAUUGAAAAAGAAGGAGAUGGCGGAGUGGAGCGAGUGUGUGAGAUUGAUUUGAAGUCGAAUAGAGGGUGUGAUUAUUCGAUGUAUGAUUAUGGGUUUGAGGAUGGUGGAGAUGGGGGAGAGGAUGGAGAGGUUGGAUAUUUGAUUAUUGAGUUGAUUAAGAAUGGUGGUGAUUUGGUGUUUUUGAAGAGGAUAAAAGAGGAAGAGAGGGAUCGGGAGAAAGAGAAUGAUGGGAUUAAGGUUGUGAAUAAGCGAGGUGUGGAAGUUCGGUUGGGAGAGAAGUAUGGGUGGAUUGAUUGUUUGAUGAUUGCCAAAGAAAUGGUUGCUAUUGAUAAAGAAACAAACGCGAGAAAGACUGCUGAGUCAAAAAAGGAAAAAUCAAAGUCGAACUCGCCUAGUAUAAACAGUGGUCAUAGUGCUGGGAGUGGCACUAGCAGUAGUGGUGGGGCUCAUCGUGAAAGGGUAAAAUCGAAGACCAAGCAAGGUUCAAGGGAGAAAAACAAGUCUGGUACUUUGACUUCCAAUGAUAGUAGUAGUGAGAGUAAGAAAAGAGGAACCAGUAAACAUGUUAAAGCAAAACCGACAGUUCCGCGUGCUACGCCAAUAAAAUCAAACCUUGCUCAUGUUGGUAGUAUACCGCCAACAGCAACAACGGCUAACUCAACAUCAUCAAAGAAUACAUCUGCACAUUUUGCAUAUGCUGCAGCUGCUGCAGUACACAAUAAAUGA